CAACGCAAUGGCAGCCGGCAAUGAUGCUCAUAGUGUCUGUGAAAUCAAUUGUAAAAUUGACGCAAUGAUGUUGGAUCAAUUUUCUUUUGCUAAAAAAAUGAACGCAAUAAGACAUCUUAGUUCGUAUUGCUAGUCAAGUAGUCAUCCAGCUAUGUAAAAACAAAUUUCAUUACAUAAUAUAAUAUACUUAGUGAUAAAGUUCAAUGUCAUAUAUUUACAAACGAUCUGCUGGCAACACGUACGCAGCCAGCACCAAGCUCAUACAAUUACAAACCUUCAUACUAGUCUUUGGAUGUACUUUAGUGGCACGAUUGAAAGAAACAAACAACUCGGUAGCGGAAUCUAUAUGGUUUUUUUUUUUUCCAGGAGGUAUUGUCACGGACUUAAAUUUCAAUCGUGUGAUUUUAGCUCUCAACUCCGUAUAAGAUGCUAAGUCAGUCUUCUCAUUUACUCAAAUUCACUCAACUCACAAAAAGAUGGUAGAAACUUCAUAGUGUGUAUUACUCACAAAUAUGAUGGAUGAUUACAAAUAAGGAGGAUGACCUCCUUAUAUAGGCUCUCUCCUCUUACAAGGUGUUAAUACCUCCUUAUAAUGGCUCUUCUCAUUACUACAUCCUAUAAGCAAUAGCGGACCCAGAAAUUUCAUUAAAAGUAUUCAACAAUAGACAAAAUUUUAUAAGGGCUGUCAAAUAGUUUGGAAUCCAAAUACUACCAUUACCAAACUAAUAUUUUACACAUGUAUUUUGUUGAAAUUUUACAUUCAAGGUUUGUCAAUUGACAACCCAUUCUUGUGAGUGGGUCCGCCCCUACCUAUAAGUCUCGCCCAUAAUGCACACAAUUAUCCCACCUCAUAACGUGGCUCUUUAUGUGCACCAUUAAACUCAUCUUUAAGAUGGGGAAUCCUAGGAGCAUCCUAUGCUACUAGGUCUUCUAUAACGCUACACGUGCUUGACCUUGUAAUGAUCUGCCAUGUCACUUGCCAUGUCACCCACCACAUGUGAAAUUCUCCCCCAUCUAUUCUCGCGACGCCCUCGUCACGUCCUUGCUAUUGAAUGCCUCGAUCGAUCUCGAGCAGCUUCUCCCUACUCUACAGCCUCGGUCGUGACAUUCUCCUCCACUCAAUCCACGACGCCCUCCUCAUGGCUCUUUGUCAGACGCCUUUCUUACCUUUGCCUCACUGCAUGCAAGGUCUUGUUGUGCCUUCCUCAAAUCCAAGGAUAGCCCUAGCUUGCUCUCAAGUGUUGUGCUCCCAUGAUGUUGCCAACUUCUCUGUGGUCUUCUCCGUCGUCUCUUCGAGUGUCUUGCUUUCUCGAUAUGGUGGCCUUUCCAUGCUCCUCUUGACAAGUCGAUGAUGGAUCUUCCUCAUCUCUCGUGGCUCCAUGAUGUCACACACUCCUCCUCGUUGUCCUUCUCAAAUGAGUCUUCGAGUGGGCCGCUCUUUCCAUCAUCGUUGCCACUUCUCGUUGUUCUUGCCUUGCCAAACGCCCCUUGUUUGACUUGGGUUGCUCUCUUGUCAUGGAAACCGAUCUUGCUCCUCCUUCGAUACAAAAUGUAUUGGCGUAAGUGACCGAGAAAGCUUUCUCCCACAACAUGAACCAAUAUCGAUGAUGACCUGGUAGUCAUCCAACGACACCACUUUAAAGUCUGUUACCCUGGUCCAUCCUCCAAGCUUGAGUGGCACCUAGCGCGCUACUUCGUUAGUUCUUGUGGCCUUUGAGUUGGUUGCCUUCAACCACCCUCUUUGCUCCUUCUCAUAUGUGAUGCCUAGCCUCCACGCUUGAUGACUCGGUAUUUGCACAUGUUUUCCCCUUUGUUUCUUGAUUGUUUGAGCUUGAAUUAUUGCGUCUUUGGCCUAUUUUAUGCUAGGUUGUAUUCCUUUGUCCCAUUUCAGGUCCUAGCACAUAAAGUGAAGCAUAUGCG